AUGGCAUUAUCAAUCUCAAUAACGCGUAAAACAAUCUCACGUUUUAACUUUGCAUACCUACUUUCGCAUAAUACGUCAAUAAUAAUAAAUCAAGUAAAUAUAGCCCCAUUCCACUACAAAAAAAGAAAGCCACCAAUACCCGAAAUAUCUGGAUAUACGCCAAAACGACCUUCAUACCUUCCUGAUGAUCCUGGCUUCUUCGCCGGCAGAACAUCUAUAAACAGGUUCGAAGAACACUUCUUGAAUACUCUUGCGGAUGAUCUGAUGAUCUUAUUAUAUAGACAUGAUUAUCCCGUGGAGCCGAGAAUUUUGAACGAUACUGUUCCUUUGGAACCAACUGAGGAAGAGAAUAAAGAACAUCAAGAGAACAAAGAGGUUUUGUUAAAUAUCUUUGCUGGCCGUAAAGAAGCCGCGGAAGAAGUGGCAAUUGCGGCAGCUCACAGAAAGAAAAGAGACAUUAUUAUUAACCAACAAAGACAUAUAAAUCGAAAGCCAAAACCACUUCGUACGAAAGAUCUACCUAGACCUCUUCCUAAACCAAUGAUUAAUAAAAAUCUACCACAAUUACAGGAAAUUGAUUUGCAUUGUAUGAUGUCUGAUGCAGUUCAAAAUAAACAACAUUUAAUGAGCGGCUUGAUAGCAUUUCAAGUGAUCACGUCUGAACGACCUACAGUUGUAUAUGCAAAGAAUAAUGUAUCAAAUUGGAAAUUACGAGAAGGAAUACCAAUUGGAUGUAAAAUAGCACUUAAAGGACCGGCAAUGUACACAUUUCUCGAUAAAUUGAUUGAGAUAGUCUUACCACGUCUUAAAGAAUGGUACGGAAUUCCUGAUAGCUCCGGCGACACUCGAGGAAACAUUGCAAUGGGUCUCCCGCAUCGAGCAUUACCCCUAUUUCCAGAGAUCGAGGCAAAUAUUGAUAUGUAUCCUAUGAUGACUGGUUUUGAUAUUAUUUUCAAGACGUCAGCCCCAAAAAAUCAAGAAGCACGACUAUUAUUGAGUGGAUUUGGACUACCAUUUUAUCCGAAGAAAGAGGGAAUGAAGAAUAAAAAGUAG